UAAACGCAAUCAGACACAACGCUGCGGAAUAGUAAACAAUUUAAAAAGUAGUUUUUUUCUCUUAAAUAAAACCGGCUAAAGUUGGAAUUUUCACUGUGCUACUGCUAAUAAGUUUAUAGUGAUUUUGUUUUACAAAUAUUUAAAAAUUUUAGGUGUACAGUAAUGGUUCUAGGAAUUUCAUGACCCUGGAAUUUGGCCGUCUCUACAAGGUGAUACAUUUACAAGAAAAUGAAACUGGAAUUCCAGUGGACACCAGAACAGAUAAUAUCCGAGGGGAGGACUACCAGAGAAAAUUUGGAAACAAUCAGGACAUGGCUGUCCAAUUUGAAUGAUAAAAACAUCCCUCUGAAUGUACAAGACGAAAUGAUAGUUCUGUUUUUAUUAUCUUGUUGCAACGACAUCCAGUUGACCAAAAACACUGUUCUCGCUUAUUACAAAUGUAAAAAGGAAGGUCCCGAAAUAUAUGAUGAUAGAAACUUGGAAAGAACCGAUAUAAAACUGGCUUUAAACACUAUACACAUGUCGAGCAUUCCAGUAAGGACAGAAGAAAAUUAUGUUGUUCAUUACUUUCGAGUUAACGAUGCGAACUAUAAUAACUUCGAUUUGGUUCCUAUAAUGAAAAUAUCCUACAUGUUGAUGGACAUUAGCCAGGCGAAAAAUCCUCCUAGUGGACUUAUUGUUGUCAUUGACAUGAAAGGCUUGGGUCUGAUGCACCUCACGAAAAUGAAACUAGGGGCCAUAAAAAAGUAUUUACAAUUUCUACAAGAGGGUUUUCCGAUGCAACUGAAAGUGAUUCACUUGCUAAACGCGGUAUAUUUCAUGGACAAAAUUAUGGCGCUGAUCAAAGUCUUCAUGAAGAGCGAACUUAUUGAUAUGUUAAAAAUUCAUGCGCCAGGUUUAGAACAAGAAAAGUUAUUUCAGAUGGUGCCCAAAAUGUGCCUACCGAAAGAAUGCGGCGGGGACUUACCUUCGGAAGUAGAGUUACAUGAAAGAACAUUAAGGCAGUUCAAAGAAAUGCAGUCGUUUUGGAAUAUGGAAGAGGCAAUUCGGAAACAGUGUAAAUAAAAGUUGUUGCAGUUUAGUAAAAUUAAAUUGUUAAGUAAAUGUUUUAAAAAGCAAA